UCGUUGUCGGCCGGCCGUCGCAGUGAGUCUACCGAUCGCCGAGACCGCGCGUUACGACAACAAUAAUAUACUAUAUAUUAUUAUUAUUAUUUUUUUUUCCUCCCGAACACGACGUUAUCGUUGUCUGUACGCGCACGUACACACACUACUCACACCUCUGCGACGGCGAUAGCGACGGACGCUGUUUGCACGCGACCAAUAUAAUAAUAAUAGUUGUUUACAAUAACUCGUACUUCUCGUCGUGUACCUCGGCAGAGCACAGUCUGUGGUUGACGGUAUUCCGGCGAUACUGCUGCGCGUCAUUGCAUCGUCGUCCGUGGACCACCGUAGUGCGAUAUCGUCAAUAAUCGACGCCGCCGCCGUUCGUAUUAGAAUAUUAUUAUUUAUUUCGCGGGCGACCGUUUACGAAUCGAUCGGCCUCCUCCUCCGCCGCCGCCGCCGGAAUUGAUGCUGUUCGUCAUCCGAGUGCGAUUGUCGCGUCCCCUCUGUCGUCAUCGUCCUCUUCACGCUCCCGUGCUCCGCCGUCCGCUGUAAAUGUUUUGUCAUGAAGACAUGGUGACGUAGUCGGUCGUCUGUGUUUAUUACACUCCUGGAGAAUGUUCGUUUCAAACCUCAUUCAUCGUAUUUGGAUAAUAUGGGCCACUGUUAUUGCAGUGUGCACCUGUGUUCCACUAUGCCCUCAAGAUACGUGCAUUUUACCUAAUAGUAAGGACAAUCAAUGUAGAGAUUUAGAUGUAUACAUUAAGUGUAUGAAAUCAUUAUCGAAAAAAUGCCGUGGCGACAUUGGAUAUCAUUCAGCUGUUACAGUAUCAAACUCGGAGUUCAAAAAGUCGUGCACUAGUCAUGAUGAUUUUUCCAGAAAUAAUAGUAGUGAACAUUCCCAAAUAGCUCUGUCAACUCACAAUGCACCUUCUUGUCCAUUACUAUUUGAUGAUAAAAAAGAACACCGGUUUUGUGGCUUAUUUGGUGAUCCUCACUUGAGAACAUUUGAUGGAAAGUAUCAAACUUGUCGGAUUCAUGGAGCUUGGCAAGUGAUUGAGAAUCCGUUUUUUGGAAUUAUGGUAACCAAUGAUGCCGUUGUAAAUAGCACAACAGCCACAGCUCCAACUAAGUUGACAGUUAUAUUAAAAGCGCAUAAACCCGAGUGUACGCUACAGAAAUUGUAUGAAGCACAAGGAGAUUUUCAAUUACCGAAUGUAUUUGAAGACGGUUCCACUUCAUCUGGACCAGCUUCGUCGCCAACUGUUUCUCUUUCGUGGCGUUCCAAUGAUCCCAACAGUGAGACAGUAAUCAUUCGAUUAUCGUAUAUUUCUACAAUUAUAACUGUGACCCGUGUUGGCAAAUAUUUGUCCAUUUCUGCUAAAUUGCCAGACCAGUUAGCACAAAUGUUUAAUCAAGAUAAGCAUGUAUUAUGUUCUACUGGUUGUCCACUUUCUGAACAAAUAGACAUUAAACAAGUUACAAUAAGUGAAUUAGAUCGUGUGUUGACUUCGUGUCACAACAGUGUUGGACCCACCGGUCAUAAACUAACUGAUCAGUAUUUAGAUUGGUGUGUGUUUGAUAUGAUGACCUCUCACGAUGAACAGUUCAUCAAUGCUUCACAUGCAGCAUACUCUGAUGUAUUAUUUUUUGAACCACGCUCAUUGUUUAAUAGGACGAUUAGUGUAUUUGAGUUCAACCCCAAUUCAACAGCUGGGGCCAAUCGUACACAUAGAUUACACUUAUUUAUUCUCACUAUCAUUGCAUUGUACAACUUUCUUUGAGUGUUCCUAGUAUUUUAGUUUAAGUAACUACUAUCAUUUACUGUCUAUCUUACACACGUUCAACAUCAUAAAACUAAGAUUUUCAGUAAAUUUUAUGUUUACGUAAGUCAUAAGUUAUUUAAAUUACAUAUAUAUUUUAUAUUUUUUUGUUAAUUCGCAAUUUGCCUUACCAAUGGAAACGUAAAUAAUAUUCUCUACAAAUGUUACUAUAGUAUAGUUUAAAUUAUGUGCGUGUAACAUAAAGAUAAUAAAAGCUAAAACACAGCCCUUUAAGUAUUUAAUAUAUUUUUUCUAUUAAUUUAUAUUUAAUUUUAAUAGACAAUGUUUUUGUUUCUCUGCCAAUAUUUAUUCAACAAAUUGAUUAAUCUUGUUAAUCUCAAGUCUGUAGAUUAAAAAACCUAACAACUUAAUUUAUAUUGCUCAGUGAAUGCACAUUCAUAUAUUUUUUUAUUUUUUAUGGAUACUUUUUAAUUGAAUGACGUGUUACAAAAAAUAAAAAUAUGUAACAAAAGUAAUAAUGAACAAACACAAAUGCGUAUAAUUUUUUUUUUUACUUUUUAAGUAUUUUGACAUACUAAACAAUGUAAUUUAGAUUUUUGCUAUUUUUGAUUUAUAAGUUAUUUAAUAAAAUAGCUUUACAAUAUAAGUUUAUUGCAAUCCAAAUAUUAUCUCAAGAAUGUAUAUACAGUAGUUAAUUUUUAAACUCGAGAGUUAAAUGUUUUGCAAUAAUUAACUGAAGUAAAUAUGUAACAUCAUUAUUGUUUUUGCUUUUAUAUUGGUCAGCUAUGCUUGCCAAUUGUGUAUUUGUAAAACGUUACCAUCUUAUUGUAUAAAUCAGUGUACAAAGAAAGCAAAUAUAGGUAUCAUUAAGUAGAAUUUAUUUAGUACAAUAUGUCUGAUCCUAGUCCGAAUUUUGUGAUUUUAUUUAUAUAUGUAAUUUUAAGGAUUUUUUAUAUGUUAAAAUAAAUUAUGCAUAGAUAUUUUUUUUAUAUAAACACAUUUUUGUGUGUGAAUUCAUAAUUUGAAUUAUUAGUUGGUGAUUUGAUUAAGCCAAUAGUGUCAAUUAAAUUUUUAUGUAGUU